AGCUGUUUGCCAUUGACACUAAAGAAGAGAGCGGGUCGAGCAGAUAGUAAACGGAGUAGUCGACACAAUGCUGAAACAAAGUGUGCGCUGAGAAACUAUAUAAGGAUCAACCUUUAAAAUAUACUGUUUGACGUUUUUGGGGUUUACUAAAAACCAACGCAGUCAAAGUCAAACUCGGUGCUUUAAGGUCCUUGGAACACGCGGAGACGCCCCUUGCAGUAGCAGCUAACUUGAGUUAUCAGUAUAACGUACAGGUGUGUGGGGUCGUGGGGAGCUCGGUGACUUGUAGAGCAUUCAGAAGCCUCGGGGGCACAAUGCAAGAGGACUGUUUGUGAAGAACGACUCCAUCCACGUGCCAUGUCUCUGGUAUUUCCACGACUCAGCACCAACCCAUUUCAUAGCAAGAAGGAAAAGAGAAUCAUGGCGGAAGUGAACGCAUCACCGCUUAAACAUUUUGUCACAGCAAAGAAGAAGAUCAACGGGAUCUUUGAGCAGCUGGGGGCUUACAUCAAGGAGAGUGCUUCCUUCCUGGAAGAUGCAUACAAAAGUGAAGAGCUAGACCCGGUUGCCACGGAGGAGCAGGUCCAGGAGGUCCAGGGUUAUCUUGCCAAGGUGACUGGCAUUGGAGAAGUUCUAGCCCGCCGGCAUAUGAAGGUGGUUUUCUUUGGAAGGACCAGUAAUGGGAAGAGCUCAGUAAUCAAUGCCAUGCUGUGUGACAAGGUUCUGCCAUCUGGGAUAGGACACACUACCAACUGCUUUCUGAGGGUGGAGGGCACAGAUGGGAAUGAGGCCUUCAUUCUCACUGGAGGCUCUGAGGAGAGGAAGAACAUAAAGACAGUGAACCAGCUGGCCCAUGCUCUCCACCAGGAUGAAGAUCUGGAUGCUGGCAGCCUUGUUUGUGUCAUGUGGCCUAAGGCCAAGUGUGCUCUGCUCAGGGAUGAUCUAGUGCUGGUGGACAGCCCAGGGAUUGAUGUUACCACAGAGCUCGACAGCUGGAUCGACAAGUUCUGUCUGGAUGCUGAUGUGUUUGUUCUUGUGGCAAAUUCUGAAUCCACGCUGAUGCAAACGGAGAAGUCCUUCUUUCACAAGGUCAAUGAGCGACUUUCCAGUCCCAACAUUUUCAUCCUCAACAACCGCUGGGAUGCUUCUGCCUCAGAACCUGAAUAUAUGGAGGAGGUCCGUAGGCAGCAUAUGGACCGUUGCACUAAUUUUCUGGUGGAUGAAUUGGGCGUAGUGGACCGAGCCCAGGCUGGUGACCGUAUAUUCUUCGUUUCUGCCAAGGAAGUACUUCAGGCUCGUGUGCAGAAGGCUCAAGGAAUGCCUGAAGCAGGUGGCGCUCUUGCCGAAGGAUUUCAGGCCAGAAUGUUUGAGUUCCAGAACUUUGAACGGCGUUUCGAGGAGUGUAUAUCACAGUCUGCAGUGAAGACCAAAUUUGAGCAGCAUACAGUGAGGGCCAAGCAGAUCUCUGAAGCCCUGCGUCACAUUAUGGAUUCGGUAUACAUUGCUGCACAGGAGCAGAGAGUCUAUUGUUUGGAGACCAAAGAGGACCGUCAGGACCGAUUAGAGUUCAUCGACAAGCAGUUGGAUCUACUGACCAUGGACUGUAAGUCCAAGAUCAAGAAGAUUACUGAGGAGGUGGAGAGACAGGUUUCUAAUGCCAUGGCAGAGGAAAUCAGGAAGCUCCAUGUGCUGGUGGACGACUUCCAUAUGGACUUCCAUCCAUCACCAGUGGUGCUCAAGGUCUACAAAAAUGAACUCCAUCGGCACAUAGAGGAGGGCCUGGGCAAGAACAUGUCGGAGAGGUGCUCCACCUCCAUCAGCAGUGCACUGCAGACCACACAGAAUGACAUGAUUGAGGGUCUGAAGCCUUUGCUGCCCAGUGCCGUGAGAGAGCAGGUUGACAAGCUGGUGCCUCGAAGUCAGUGCUUCAGCCUCAGUUAUGACCUUGCCUGUGACAAGCUUUGCAGUGACUUUCAGGAAGAUAUCAGCUUCCACUUCUCUCUGGGCUGGACCAUGCUGGUCAACCGCUUCCUCGGACCCAAGAAUACCCGACGCGUUCUCAUGGGCUACAAUGACCAGGUUCCUCGCCCAAUGGCCUUGACACCGGUCAGCACCAGCAUGCCUCCAUUUCCACAAAGCGCCAUGACCCAGGAGGAGCUGAUGGUCUCUAUGGUGACCGGUCUUGCUUCCCUCACCUCCCGUACUUCCAUGGGUGUUCUUGUCGUUGGUGGAGUGAUCUGGAAAGCAGUGGGCUGGCGUCUCAUCGCUUUGUCACUGGGCCUUUAUGGGCUCCUCUACAUCUAUGAGCGGCUCACCUGGACCACCAAGGCCAAAGAAAGAGCCUUUAAGAGGCAGUUUGUGGAUUACGCCAGUGAGAAGCUACAGCUCAUUGUCAGUUACACUGGAUCCAACUGCAGCCACCAAGUCCAGCAGGAAUUGGCUGGGGUGUUUGCUCAGCUCUGCCAGCAGGUUGACAUCACCCGUCAAAAUCUUGAAGAUGACAUCACUGACAUGAACAGCAAGAUUGAGCUGCUGGACAGCCUCCAGAGCAAGGCUAAGCUGCUACGGAAUAAAGCGGGCUGGCUGGACAGUGAGCUCAACAUGUUCACCCAGCAGUAUCUUCAUCACAGCAAGUAAAACCAGGUGGAACAUCCUCAAAGGGAAAGAGUGGCACCGGAGCAACGUUUUGUACAUCUGUUAAUGGUUCCUCACAGGUGUAUUUGAAGUCACUGAGAGAAAUACUAACAUUACUUUUAACAGAAGGCGUGGUUUGGAUAUCUGACAUAAGUUGAAGGAGCUGCUAAUUAGUUGUCAUGUAGUUGUGUAGACGUGAUGUCAGGAUCAGUCUGUUGAGCUUGUCCGUGUUCAGUUGUGGUAAUGUGCAAAUGAACAUGAACUGGCCAUCUGUUGAUGGCUCAUCAGCACUGAUCAGUCACACCCACCACCUUCUGUCAAAAACUCUGUCACGCUGUCCUUUAAUGGAAUUCUGCUUAACCUGGCACUUUUUGCCUGUAUAGAUGUGAUUUUGUGUAUACAUGUGAACACUGGACAAAUACAGAAGUAAGACACUCCACCAGUGAAUGGGAAAAUGUGUGUGUUGUCAUGGUAGUCCGUGAUAUUCCAUUGCGCCAUGAUGACACACACACACACAGACAUUUGAUGUGCAUUUCCUUUAUUAUUGCUACUGAUAAGACACCACACAUCCGAAUGACUAAAAACAUCAGAAAUUGCUUUGCAGUUAAAUAAUAGGAGAUUUUAUAUAACCUUUUAUUCUUUUUCUUGUGACGUUGUCAGAUUAAGCCACUCUUGCUGUUGCAGAUGUAAGGCUUUACUUUGAUAUGUCCCACCUGCUUACACAUUGUUACAGAUAAACCACACACACACUCGAGUGAGACAACAUUUCCACCAUAACAACGAACGUCUGAGGAAAGACAAAAGGAUGUUGACCCAGCCUCCAGAGUCAAAUCGGAGCUGAACCGACUUGUAAAGUGACAGAGGACAGCUGCACAGUUGGGCCUUUGUUAAGCUGUAGCAGUGAAUAAUAAGAUACAGCAGGUUUUGGAUACUCACAGAGUACUUGUUAAGAGCAAACAUUCACUGUUUGUUUGCUUUCUGGUGCUCUCUGAUUAGAAGAACAUUUAGAAACUUUUAGAAAUGGUUUGCUUCACCUGCACCAUUUAGCAGAAUUGCAGAAAAAAAAGACUAGAGCCACACAGUUGAGCUUAGACUAGCUAAAGUAAAGAACAUGCAACUUUAUUGUAUUUUUAUUUAUUAGAUUUUCUUGAGCUGAUUUCUAGUCCCAGCUUCUCACAGACAUCACAACAUCUUUGUGUUUGGUGUUUGGCUCUUCCUUUAACAAAGCCAAUUUGAAAGUUUAGCACUGUGCAGUAUGUGUGGAGUAACAUUUUUCACUCCCACUAAAUGUUGUGCUUUCAGAAGUGUGAGCAGAAUGAAAUUAUUAUUUUGAACUAGAAGCAGUGACAAAGAAGAAACAUCACAGUAGAUGUGACUUAAUUGUCCACGGUUGUAUACUGUUUGUGUUGCCAAAUGAUGCUGCUGUAAUAACCCUGUUUUGUUUGGUUUUUUUUUGUUGUUUUUUUGUUUUGGGGUUUGUUUGUUUUUUAGGGCAAAUAUAUGCUUUUCAUCCAUUUGCUCUGUUUCUUUUGUUUUGCCCUAAAGCAAGUGUACACCAACAGAACAGUUUUCUGCUUUUGGGACAUUGACAGUACCUGCAUGCAGCCUUUACAUGCAACUAGUGUAAUUUCUUGCCCUAUUAAAAUGUGUAUGUAUGUGUAAAAGUAAAUAAAGAGAAAUUAUCAACUAUAAA